CACCCUUGACCGUGACCAAGGCAGGCCCUGAAGUGACCGUGCCCGCACCCAGUCCCGUCAGCAGCCGUAGCACAGCCGCAGCAAGGCCGUGGGCCGAGUUAGCCGCCGAUCGGUCGGCCUCAGCAGACCGGCGGUCUGGCCAAACCGAACCCGAGCAGCAUGAGGUUCCCCAGGCUACAGUAGUCGCACAGUUUCGCGACUACCAUCUGGAGAAAUUCUUUGGCCAGGGAGAUCCUCGUAUCGUAGACGAAUGGUUUCAGGGCCUUGAAUUGAUUUUCGAGGUCAUGGACUGUCUAGAUCGUUAUCGCUACUAUCCCACGUAUUACCGAGCAGAGAUGGAGCGUCAAUUUCUGUCGCUCAAGCAGGGUACUCGUUCUGUUGAUGAGUACGAGAGAGAGUUCACCAGACUCGGAGCUUUUGUUCUUGACCCAGUGCGUACUGAGGCACAACGAGCGCAGCGUUUCAUUGACGAACUCUUGCCAAAAGUCCGUCACAACAUCGUGGGCCAUGGAGUUCAGUCCUAUGCCCGUACUGUCAUUAUUGCGCAGGAAGUUGAUGCCAGCAUACGGAGGGAGGCCAAUCACGAUCGUCUUCAACCGGUUUCUUCCACUCCAUCAUCAUCAGCACCACCUGCUCAGCCAGCAACUACCCCACAACAAAGAUACAAGAACAAGAGGAAGAACAGGGGAGGCCAAGACGACCGCAGGAACCGUCCGCGACAACAGCAGCCUAUUCCACCUUGCCCCACCUGUGGAAAGAUUCGCCGCAGAGAUUGCCUGAUGGGCCAGAACACUU